UAAUUACGUGAGAAGUUUUGAAUGGAAAAAUUCACCUUUAGCUGGCAUACAAUAUCCUCUUGUCGCAGUCUGUGUAUAUCUCCUCGUUAUAUGGGGAUUACACCGUUAUAUGAGGGACAGACCUCCACUCAAACUGAAGAGAGUAGCUGCUUUUCAUAACGUAGUGCUUUGUCUUCUAUCGCUUGCUAUGUGUGUUGGAACAACUACGGAACUUGCUUUCCGAGUAAAGGAUUUUGGUUUCUUUUCUGUCGUUUGUGACCGGGAACACAAAGCCAUGCGUGGGAGAUUGCUUUUUUGGAUGUAUUUGUUCUAUUGCAGCAAAUACUACGAGUUAUUUGAUACUGUAAUUCUGGUGUUGAAGAAGCGCCCGUUAAACUUCUUACACGUAUAUCAUCACUGUAUUGUGAUGCCUCUGUUUUGGGUCUAUAUGCAGACAGCUAUGGUCAUCCACUGGGUUUUGGUGGUCGUCAAUUCUCUCGUGCACGUGUUUAUGUAUUAUUACUAUGCAUUAUCUUCUUUUGGCAAAACCGUUUGGUGGAAAAAGUAUAUCACUCAAGCACAAAUAGUUCAAUUCGUUAUUGACCUUGCUGCAACUUGGCCUUUUCCUUUCUUAUACUUCUCAAAAGGUGGCUGCUCGGGUUCUUUUCGCGGCUGGCUAUUCGGACAGGUUGUUGGUGCAUCUUUCUAUAAACUAUUCAUGGACUUUUAUCGCAAGUCAUAUCUGGGCAAGGACAAGAAGAGAGAGUGAAGAACCAUCAUAAGAGAUGAGCUAUAUGAUUAAGUAAGGGGAUUUUAAUUGUAUGGUAAGGAAGAAUGAUGAUAGCCUUUGUAUUCCCUUCCUUUGUUCAAGUCUUUAUCCGUACAUUAAAGAAAUGGAACGAAAAGUGUCGCAAAAAGGGAUUGGUUUUGGUUGAACAAUGUAAAUCUCAUUUGAGAAUUUGAUAAUUGCACAAAACUAUAGUCUCCUUCGAGCAUAGUUUUCUAUCAGUUUGCUGCGACUUUAACUGCUUAGUUCCAACUUUAUAUCUUUAGGAACUACGACUCGGCUUUAUAGUCAUU